AUGUCAGGAUCAGCCCCGGAGGAGCCUGAGACCUCCAUUCCUCAAAGCACAGCUAGUGUUCCUGACCCUGCUCCGGUUGCUGUCGGACCUGGAGGCUCAAGUGACAUUUCCUUUGGUGAGCACAAUCUUAGCUUCACCACCACAGACGUCAGCCUGGUGGAGCUGAUGGAAAUUGAGUAUACCCAGCUGCAGCACAUACUUUACUCACAUACGGAGACACAAGCUAGUGAAGGUGGAGCGGAAGCUAGGCUCAAUUCUUUCUCCUCGCCUGGUCAUUCUGCAGCCCCACCUCUGCACCAGACCUCACUGAACACCAGUCAGGAGGGGUGUUCAUCAAACAGCUCUGGGAACCAGUCAGUUUACCCAGUUAUCUGUCAGUCAGGAUUACCUUCUGACAGCAGUUUGCUAAGUUCAAACCCACGUUUGGGCUAUGCUGACUUUCAGGAGCUCAGAAUGAUGUUACUUAGUGAGUCUAACGUCCCUUUGAACCAAACAGAUAAAACGCCUAACAGUAGCUCUGUAGAAGUCCCAGGUCACAGUUUAGUAAAAGUUAAACAUGAUGAAAAUUUUGUUGGGAUGAAUAAAGGAAACAUACUUGUUGAAAAUUCGGCACUGGCACCAGAGCCUAGAUCUAAAUCUGCAGUCAGAGUUCGGUUGGAAGACAGAUUCAACAGCAUCCAGACAGAAAACCCCAGAUGUCAAGAACCCCAGGAAUCUGGAGUAACUCUGAACAAUUUAGUAACAUUGAUCCGACAGCCAUCAGAACUGAUAGGUGUUCAUCAGCAAGAAAACAAGUGUGCUGUGUUAGGGAAAAAUAAGGCUGCACCUGCCACGCCUUCUUUACAGUUCACGUACCCGUUGUUUACUAUGAAUGCAUGUUCUACUGCUGGGAGUGCUAAUCCUUCACAAGCACAGACCUCUGGAACGUCUUGCGCCAUUCUGGAAGCUGCCAAACAUCAGGACCUUGGGAUACCCAAGACAUUCUCUUUCUGCUAUCAGGAAAUUGAACCCACAAAACAGACAGUAGGUGCUAUGAAUAAAGCUUUGCCUGAGGAAGUCUGGAUUAAAGUUGGAGACACCUUAUGCAAGCAAGCGAUAAACAGAAGUUGCAGCCGAAUAAACCCAUUGGAUCCAAACAUAGAUCGCAAACCUCUUGCUGAAAUUCAGAAUAUUCGUAAUGAUAGCCAGAGUAGUGCAUCUGCCCAGGGCCUUUGGCAGUCAGCACAGUCAAAUUCAAGUCUGCCGCUGCAAAGUGGUACACAGGAUGGAAUCGCUCAGCGAAGAGAAAGACAUAACCGCAUGGAGAGAGACAGAAGGCGCAGAAUCCGGGUUAGUUGUGAUGAGCUGAAUCUUCUGGUUCCAUUCUGUACUGUUGAUACUGAUAAGGCAACAACUUUACAAUGGACCACUGCGUUUCUGAAGUACAUUCAGGAAAGGCAUGGUGAUUCUCUGAAACAGGAAUUUGAGACUGUGUUCUGUGGUAAAACAGGCAGGAGACUAAAAAUAGCAAGAUCAGACUCAUUUGUAACAUGUCCAGUGCAGGAAAGCCGCAUGGCUAUGGAGACCAAGUAG